AUGCUGUUUCUUUUCCUAUGGUUUACAUUACAUAUUGUCCUGGGUUUUGCAUUUAAUCCAAUAAAACAACAGGAUGCCGUUUUGCAAUUUGAACUGCCUCCGGUGAAGAACUCGCUAUAUUUGCACUCUCCGAAUUUAAAUGAUAAACCCUUUUGUGUCAUGAUAAAUAUCGAUGACUACCCGUGGCUGGAUCAGGAGGAUAUACUCCUCCAAUUUGACAUUUCCAACAAGGUACCCUCUGGAAUCAAUGUGGACCGAUUUGGUGGAACUAGCGUGUCCCACGGGAAGCAGUCCGUCUAUUUCGAUAUCCGGUCAUGGCCCAGUGGGGAUUUGAUUCGAAGCAAGAAAAGAUUCGACCCGCAGACGCCGACCAGCAUACUGAUUCGAGCAACUGCGGACCGCACCAUAGAGAUAUGUAUGAUCAAUUUUGUGUUUGAUGGGUCGUGGAGCUCGAUCGACCUGACUAAGAGCGUGACCGUUUCGUUGACAUCGCCGCUACAACUAAAACAACAAUUGCAGUACUUCUUGUAUCGGUACGUUCCAAGCGAACUGCCAUUGACCCUGAUUCAAUGUGCCGCUGAUUUUGGAGAGUUAGUACACGUGUGGGACAAAGGGCAACUGUCAAUGCUAGAAAGAGAACGAAGGGACCUCAAUGAGAGCACAUUUACGUGGGUGCUCUACAGUUUUAUAAUAUUUUUGGUCUCCAUUACAGCGUGCAACGCGCUUAUUGCAUGGUAUAUAAUCGCCAAGAUUAAGCGGCACAGAGCACUGUAA